AUGCUUUCAGACCCGCAGGCACGCGCUGCGCUGCACGACAUCACCAACGAAUCCCCCAUCGUCGGCCUCGCCGCGGACGGCCUUCACGGCUUCGAAAAGACCCCCGCCUCCACCGCCGCCAAGACCCGCCGCAGGGCCCCGCGCCGCACGCCCGGCUCCGGGGAGGCGCUCCUGCGCUACCAGGUCAAGGCGCUCCUGCACAAGGUCGAGGAGGAGCAGGGGUGCGCCCCCGCGGCUCUCGUCAGGCCAGCGCGCAUCCAGGAGCUUCUUGGGGUCUCCAGGUCGCCGGCCCAGCUCCUCGCGCCCACGCCGGCCAACACGCCGCACAUCGGGCCCGUCCACAUAGGAGCGCACAUCCAGGAGCUUCCACGAGGACGAUGA